AGAACACAUGAUUAUUAUAGUGAAAUAUUGCAAUAGAAGAUUGUGAACUCUGAAGUCACGGAAGGACGACUGAAAAGGGAAGUAAAGCCACUAGAUCUCUUCUUCUAUUUUCUUUUUGAAUCUCUUAGAGUUGGUCUAUAAAACAAGAUUGUUUAUAGGUUACAAAUAGGUAUUCUUGCAAAUACUCCACAAAAUUUGGCAAUACAUUUUCAAAACCACUGAAGUGGAUCAGAGAUGACUCUGCUUAACCAGAGUACUUUGGUCUUUCUUCUUCUUGUGGUACUUCUACAGCAAACUCAAGCUGUUUCUGCUUCAAGGCAACCGAUGGUGUCAAAGCCUGGAUGCAGAGACAAAUGUGGGAACUUAACCAUUCCAUAUCCAUUUGGGAUAGGGAUAGGAUGCUACUUUGAUAAAGAAUUUGAAAUCACCUGCAAUGAUACAAAUCAUUCACCGGCCUUCAUCUCUUCAAAUCCACCAAUUUACUACAUCUCAAUGGACUCAAUCAGAACCAAAAUACCUUUCAUUCCUGUUUUCCACAAUAAAUCUUCAGGUAAAAACAUUGAUGGCGAUGAACCUGUCUGGUGGGAAACUUCUAUUCCAGAUGGGUAUUUUAGUAUAUCGGCAGCUGAGAAUAAGUUAAUAGCCGUUGGUUGUGAUAUCUUUGCUUAUGUCAAAGAUGCAGACAACGAAGAAAUUGUAAGUGCAUGCGCUUCCUUCUGCGGUACGACUGCUAAUAAUAGUAAUAAGUUUGUUUCUUCUUCCUCUUGCACCGGGAAUAAUGGGUGUUGCCAAAGUGCCAUCUCAAGGAUUCCAAAUACUCAAAUAUUUUCAGUACAAACCAUGAACACGCGGAAUGCUUCCUGGGCAAAAAACAAUUGUAGUUAUUUAACGAUUGCUCAUAGUGGUUAUAAUUCCAAUCACACCACAAGUGAAUUAUUAAGUAGCAAAUCAAGAAAGUGUGACUAUAAAGAACAAGAAGUUGCACUGGACUGGGUGAUGGGGAACAAGAGUUGCAAGCAAGCCAUGGGAAGCCCAAAGUAUGCGUGUGGAAAGAAUAGUGAGUGCGUAAAUGUCAAAUCCCCCUCCAACGGUAUGGAUGGAUACAGAUGCCGUUGCUCUCAUGGUUAUCAAGGCAACCCUUACCUCACUAAUGGAUGUCAAGAUAUUAACGAAUGUGGAAGUCCAAAUGGGAGGCAUAAUUGUCCACGUAAUACUAGUUGUGUUAACACUCCAGGCAGUUUCUACUGUGAGCCAAAUAAUAGGAGACCCAUGUUUGUUUUGCAGCUAUGCUUAGGAAUUGCAUCAGCUGUUGUUCUAAUGGUCCUGGUAGCUGGUUGUGUGUUGCUACAUCGGCAAAUAAGAAAUAGGAAAGAAAGAAAAACUAAAGAGAAGUUCUUUAAAAGGAAUGGCGGAUUGCUAUUGCAAAAGCGAAUUUCUAUAAGUGCAGGAAGUGGUAGGACUUUGUUACAUAUGAAACUCUUCAAAAAAGAGGAGUUGGAAAAAGCAACAGACAACUUCAACGAAAGUCGAAUUCUUGGCAAGGGAGGGCUUGGUACUGUCUAUAAAGGAAUGCUAUCAGAUGGAAGCAUCGUUGCUAUCAAGAAAUCUAAUGUAGUUGAUGAAGAUCAAGUUGGUCAGUUUGUAAAUGAGAUUUCCGUUCUCUCUCAAAUCAACCACAGACACAUUGUCAAGGUACUCGGUUGUUGUUUAGAGACUCAAGUUCCAUUAUUGGUCUAUGAAUACAUCAGCAAUGGCACUCUAUCACACCAUCUUCAUGGAAGCUCUAGGCCUAGUCCUAGUGAAUCAAGGACACCGACAGUCACACUAUCUUUGGAGCAUCGCUUGCGAAUUGCUAGAGAAAUAGCAGGGGCACUUUCUUAUUUGCAUUCAUGCGCUUCCACAACUAUUUUCCACAGAGAUAUCAAAUCAAGUAACAUAUUAUUAGAUGAGAAUUGUAGAGCUGUGGUUUCUGAUUUUGGACUAUCAAGAUUAGUUCCCCUUGAAAAGACUCACUUAACAACACAAGUUGGAGGUACGUUUGGUUACUUAGACCCCGAAUACUUUCGAUCUGGUCAACUUAAUGAUAAAAGUGAUGUUUAUGCAUUUGGUGUGGUUCUUCUGGAGCUUCUUACAAGUCAAAGAGCUAUCUCUUCUGAUGCAUUGAGUGCUGAAAACUUAGCAAUGCGUUUCAAAUCAAUGUUCAAACAAAGCCGUCUGCUAGAAAUGGUAGAUCCUGAGAUUGCAAGAGAGGUUGAAGGUCAGGAGAUGGUCUCUAUAGUGGCUAAGCUUGCCAAAAGAUGCUUGAGAUCUAAUGCAAGAAACAGACCGAGCAUGAAGGAGGUAGCUGCUGAACUUGACGAUCUUCUUGUGACGAGAUCAUAUGACAUGCCCCAUGCUGAUAGUUUUCAAGAGAAUAUUUCUCCUAAAAGUGGGAGUUUAUAUAGUUAUUCAUCUGAUAGUAUAAUAGAAGAAAAUUAGCAAUCCUUAUCUAUCUUUAAUAGUUUGCUUGUGGAAUGAAUGUAAUUGGCCUUAGUACAUAAUGAUAACUUUCACAUAAAUAUGGCACUUGUUUUUGUAAAUCUACAAUGAAAAGAGUAGACCUG